AUGGUCCGAAAAUCCACCUGGAUGGCACUACACGCCGUCGCAUACACACCCCUAACCACCGCCUGGACACUCACAUGGCGGAACGAAACCGCCGGCGCAACAAUCGAACACCAAGACACCGCCCUCACCUGCACACGUAUCUACCACGAAAAAGGCGAGGAUUUCUCGUGGGACCCCGAGGGCGCCUGGUGCAUGGACUUCUGGGCCGAGCCGACCUGCGACACCCGCAUCGGCUACUCCUGCGACGGCCGCGUGUGGGAAAAGGCCGCGUCGCGAAACCUCUCCGCCUUUGACGUCUACCCCAUGCCUGUGGAAUCAAGACGCGUAUACGGGUUUCUCAGCACGUCGGCGACGCCCAGUCCGACCGCUGCGGCGACGACGCUUACCGUUACGCAUCCGGCUGCGACGAGCGCGACGCAGACGGCCGAAGCUGAGGGUGAGGGUGAUUCGGGGUCAUCGCUGUCUGGGGGCGCCAUUGCGGGCAUUGUGAUCGGUGAUGUGGCGGGCGCCAGAGGUCCCGUUGUCGCCUGCGCCUCCGCCGCCGCCGCCAGCAGCAGGAGUAGGGGCGGUGAUGUCUCGCACCGAUACGAAUCGGAGCUAUCCCACGCCGUAUACGCCGCAUACCCAGCCCGCGGCGUUCCCGUUCGAACACAAGUCCCCCAUGUCGGAGGUGUCGGGGACCCAGUCGAUGUAUUCGGCUGCGCCGCCGUACUCGCCGCCGGCCAGCGUGUAUCAGCCGCCGUCUGCGGCGCGGGUCGUGGAGCUUCCCGGGAACUAUAA